AUGACUCUGAUCACCCAGCACGCAGCGUCCCAUCGGGGUCUGCGCGUUUUGCGCUCCUUUGUGCCUCCCCUUCCCCGACAUUCGCCUCCAUUUCCCUCUAAGGAUCCCCCUCCAAACGAUGGCAUCGAGAGACGCGAAGUUGUCGUAGUCGGUGCCGGCCCAGCAGGCCUUAUGCUCACCGCCCUCUUGUCUCGAUAUGGCCUCUCCGACGACUCGCUACUCUGUAUUGACCAGAAGCCCGGUAUCCUCCAAUCCGGCCAGGCGGAUGGAAUCCAACCGCGCACCCUGGAAGUCUUCAAGACGCUGGGCCUGGCCGACGAGAUCCUUACCGAUGGCUGCAAGAUGUACGAAGUCGCGUUCUGGAACCCCGUGGAGGACGACGGGACGGCCCGCGCCCCUGGGAAAUCCAUCGAACGCACGUCGAUCAGCUCGGAUAUCACGGUGGCGACGCGCUUCCCGUUCGAGGUGACCAUACAUCAAGGCCGGGUCGAGCGCAUCCUGGAGGACGACUUGUCGCGGUACUCCCCGCGAGGCGUCCAAUGGUCGACGGCCCUGGUGGAUGUGCACAUCGACGAGGAGGGAGACGCCGAAUUCCCGGUCGUCGCCUGUCUGUCGGCUAAUGGGGAGCGACGGACAGUCCGAGCAAAGCACCUGGUGGGCGCAGACGGAGCACACUCGGUGGUGCGCCAGGCGAUGCGCGUUCCUCUGCAGGGUGAAUCCACCGAUCACAUCUGGGGAGUGGCCGAUUUUGUCGCCGAGACGAAUUUCCCGGAUAUUAGGCGGCGCACGGCGAUCCACUCGCGCGCUGGGUCCGUCAUGGUCAUCCCGCGGGAGCGCAUCGCUACGGGAGAGUAUCUGACGCGUCUGUAUGUGCAAGUUCCCGGUGCCGUGACGGAGGAUUCACGCGAGCGGCGCGCGCAGGUGACGCUUAAAGGCAUCCUGCAGCAGGCGCAGGAGGCCAUGUUCCCAUACUACGUGCGUCCACGCGAUGGAUCCGUGGACUGGUGGGCAGCGUAUCAGAUUGGACAGCGCGUGGCCACGACCUUUGACGUUCGCGACUCGACAGGGGUUCCGCGUAUCUUGAUUGCGGGGGAUGCGUGUCAUACCCACAGCCCAAAGGCCGGCCAAGGCAUGAAUGUGUCCAUGAUGGAUUCGUACAACCUCGCCUGGAAACUGGCUCUCUCUGUGCAAGGCCUCGCCGCUGAUGGUGCGCAACUCCUGCGCAGCUACCACGAGGAGCGAUACACCGUGGCACAGGAGCUCAUCGAAUUUGACCGUACCUUCUCGUCCAUGUUCUCGGGCAAAAUUGGCGAGUCAAACGGCGGUGAGACAUUGUCGCAUGACCAGUUUCUGGAAGUCUUCAAUCGGGGGAAUGGCUUCACCAGCGGAUGCGGCAUCGAAUAUGGCCCAAGCACUGUUGUCGACCAGGAGGAUGCGGGCCUCUUGUGUGAACCGAUGGAUUAUCUGGGGGGCAUGCUGAGACCCGGACGACGACUAUUGAAUGUCACCGUAAAGCGACACGCGGACGGAUCACCCAGGGACCUGCAAGAUGACUUAUUCUCGGGCCGAUUUCACCUUCUAAUCUUUGCAUCCACCGAUCUCCUCUCACCAGUGGGUCUCUCGGCGUCGAUAAUCAACGCCAUGUAUCACCGCGUGCUUCCUAGUUUCUCCCCGGGGCUGAUUGAGCUGACCGUCCUUCAUCCGCGGUUAUCUCGACCCUUUGACUGGGAGGAUGUGCCGGGGGCCAUCAAGCAAGGAGCGGAAAUGCGCUUCUAUAAUGGUGUCGACCAGCAGGAUGCGUAUGCCAUAUACGGUGUUCCCCAGGAUAGGGGUAUUCUCGCCAUCGUCCGACCCGAUGGUUGCGUAGGAGUAUUGGCAAAAUUGGAGGAUCCGGAUCGAGUAGCUUCAUACUUACGGGGCUGUUUGCGUAUGGUAAAGGCUGAAUGA